AUGAGACCGAUUGGGACAAUGACAAUAGCUAAUCCGGAAAAGAUCUUAGAAGAGGUCAAGAGCCAACUUGGAGUGCGCCAGUCUUUAGCUACAAUAACUGAGAAAUUUCAAGAGGAGCUUGAUUUCAUGUUGAAGAAUUGUAAGAAGUCUAUGUUACCUUUCCCACAGGUUUGUUGCCGAGGAUGGUCUGAGUAUAAUGAGCCUAUGGACAUGCUUGCCAUUGAUUUUGGAGGAAGUGUUCUUAAGUUUGCUGUGAUUAAUAUGCCCCAGUGCCAAAUGGAGCUAAAAUAUGAGUUGGAGAUUAAAUCAAAGGUAGUUGAUUUCAAAUUUUUUGACAAUAUAGUGGAAUGGAUAUGCAAUCGUAUUCCAAUAAACAACGAAAGAAGUCUACCUAGAAAAUUUAUAGUCGCUAUUACAUUCAGUUUCCCAGUAAAUGCUAACAACGAAAUUGUAGCCAUGGGAAAAGGAUUUAGGAUGUCACCAGAACUGAAAGGCAUUAGUAUAUUAGAUAUCUUGAAACAAUCUUUUGAUCGAUUAGAAAAGGAGUACAGUUCAUCAUUUACUUUUGAGAUAAGCAAUGUAAUUAAUGACUCAUUGGCGGUUCAUAUGACAUCUAAAUAUCUUCAAAGUGACAACAACGAUAAAAUCUCUUUGAUAUUAGGAACUGGUGUGAAUUCCUGCUUUGAAGUACAAUACGAAGAUUUGCCUCAGUUCAAAAAGGAUAUUUUAACGCAGUUUUCAGAUGAUUAUAGAGAAAAAGUUCUUAUCAAUUCAGAAAUGGGAUUCUUGGGAAGGUAUUCCAAAUCCAUUGAGUUCGGCAACUUUGACACUAAUAUAGACGAUAAAAUGCCCUUAGAAUCCAUAACAUCUGGUAAAUGGAUACCACAAAUACUACACAAUAUAAUAAGAUAUUACAACCUUUUGCCAAUGGUCGGAGAUGAGGAAAUAAAAUAUGAUGGAAGACUAAUAUGCGAAAUAUUAUCUGACGGUGAAUGCCCUUCAGAGUACCUUUUGUCUUUGUGGGAUUAUGAAGUAUACCAAAUUAUAAGGCAAAUAACAAAACUGCUAAUCAAUAGGGCUGCUAUAUACCUUGUGGCAGCAAUCAUUGCCAUAAGAAAAUUCGUUAGCCCCGAAAUAUAUUUUACAAAGGGUGGAAUAGAUAUAGACUAUGUGGGCAGUUUUUUGAACUAUUGUCAGUACUACCAAGAAAGAAUACACCUCCAUUCCAAAGGGAUGGUGAAACUGCAAUUUCUUAACGAUAGUAACCUUUAUGGAUGCGCGAUUACAGCUUAUAGUAACAUCUUUGAGAAUCGGAUAUGA